CGAAAUGGAGAAUAGGAGGUGCACCGUCGUUGCCGUGGGUGACCUUGUGGGGGAGCUUGACUUCUGUUGCGAGUGGUGUGGCAAGGUCUACAAGAGUCUUGUCCGCUACCACAACCACAUCAUAUGCACCCACAAAUUACCUGUGCCGGAGCACCAGUGGUUUAACUGCUUCCACUGUCCACACAGCGAUUGCAGAUUUCACCAACAUGGCCCCGGGGUACAGGUUUUCGGGCAAAUCGGGAAGCUCCGCCGCCACUACCAGGAGAGGCACAUGACAAGGCUCCACACGUGCGAGUCCUGCCAGAGGCAAUUCCCCCUGAAGUCAGCGCUGGUGUCCCACAGAUGUCGGCGGGAGCAGCCGGUCAGACAUGUGUGCCCCGUCUGCGGAAAAGGAUACCAGUACAUGGGCGCCCUACAAAGGCAUAUCAUCUGUAGCAAGCAUAGAACACCAGAUACUCUAACGGAGAACCAUAACGAUGAUAGGAACAAGGUGUGUUUGCUUUGCACCAAGGAAUAUGUCGACAACCAUCGCUGUCGGGAGCGAUCCGACCGAAACCUUCAGUGCGAUCGGGUCUUCUUCAGCAAGUCAAGUCUGAAGACCCACUGUAAAUCCAGAUGCCAUCUGCAGGCGGAAGACUGGCGCUUUCUGGUUGAAAUGGAGCAGCUUAUUUGCGGCAUUGAGGAUGGGACUGUGCGAGACCCUUUGUUGCUCAUGGAACUCUCUUCUCUGCUUCCGGUGCUUCGGCAGAUCCAGGAUUCUGAUUUGGAAAUGAACUGAUUUUUUUUUGU